AUGUCUGCUAAUGACAUUUCCAAGAGGGAGCAUGUAAAUGGUGAAGAGGAUGGGUCCAAGCACAGUGCCCUGUGGGACACCACAGGUGACGUUGUGGGUAUGAGAUUUUGCACUGCCCAGGGCGACAUGCUCAGUUCUGCCGGUCAGACAGGAGAGAAGCCAUAUGACUGUUCUGAAUGUGGUAAACGGUUUCCACAAAGAUUACAGCUUCAGACCCACCAAAGAAUCCACACAGGGGAGAAGCCAUAUUGCUGUUCUGAAUGUGGUAAAACGUUUUCACAGAAAAGCAAUCUUCGGACCCACCAAAGAAUUCACACGGGAGAAAAGCCAUAUUGCUGUUCUGAAUGUGGUAAAACGUUUUCACAGAAAAGCAAUCUUCGGACCCACCAAAGAAUUCACACGGGAGAAGCCGAAUGACUGUUCUGAAUGUGGCAAAGAGUUUUCAGAAAGAAGCCAUUUA